AUGUCCCUUCCAAUGUUUUCAAAAGUAGUUCUGUUGUUGUUUCAUGUUGUGGUUGCUAACUCUCUAUACUCUUUGCAGCAGCAGCAGCAGCAGAAGCCAUCUUGCCAUGAUGAAGAGCUCUCUGCCUUGCUACAAUUCAAGAAAAGCUUUAUCAUUACAAAAUCUGCUUCAGGUUAUAAUGGCUCCUACCCAAAGGUUUCAUCAUGGAAACGAGCUGAAGAAGCUUACACCUCCUGCUGCUCAUGGGACAGCGUUGAGUGUGAUGUGCAGACGGGUCAUGUGAUUGGCCUUGAUCUUAGUAGCAGUUGUCUCUAUGGCUCUAUCAACUCUAACAGCAGCCUCUUCCUUCUUGUUCAUCUUCAGAGACUAAACCUCGCUGAUAACCGCUUCAAUUACUCUCAAAUUCCUAGUAGGAUUAGCAAUUUGCGAAGGCUUACUUAUCUCAACCUCUCUGCCUCUGUCUUUUCUGGUCAUGUCCCGUCCGAAGUUACACAGCUGUCCAUGUUGUCAUCCCUUGAUCUCUUUCUCAACCUCGAUGGCUUUUCUGGUGAAAAUUUGUUGAAAAUGGAUGCAUCCAAUAUGAGAAGCCUGGUUCAGAACUUAACUAGUCUAGAAAAGCUCUCUCUCAAUUUCAUUAAUAUAUCUUCCGCGGUACCAGAUUCCAUUGCAAAUUUGUCCUUCUUGAAAUCUCUCACCCUAAGAGAUUGUGGGGUUUUUGGUCAAUUCCCCGCAGGAGUUUUCAAGUUACCAAACUUGAAAAUUCUUAGCCUGAGAUUUAACCAAGAUCUCACUGGCUAUUUGCCUGAGUUCAAUCAAAGUAGUCCUCUCAUGGUACUGAAAAUUGCAGGCACUAGUUUUUCUGGGAAACUACCUUCUUCGAUCGAAAAUCUUGGUUCAUUGAAUGAGUUAGAUGUGGGUUCAUGCAGUUUCUCAGGCAUCGUUCCCUUUUCACUUGGUAAUCUUAGGCAGCUCAAUUAUGUUGACCUUUCAUUUAACAAGUUCAACGGUCCAAUCCCCACUUCAUUGGCAAACCUUACUGAGUUAACCCAUCUGUUACUUUCUAAUAAUAACUUUAGUGCCGGUGCUUUGUCUUGGCUUGCUAAGCAAACGAAACUUAAUGAUGUAUACCUGGAAAGCAUCAAUUUGAGUGGUGAUAUCCCAUCUUCUCUAAGAAACCUCACCCAACUCACUCGUCUUAAUCUUCCCAAAAAUCAUUUAACUGGUCCGAUCCCAUCUUGGCUAGGUAACCUUACCAAGCUAGUUGACAUAUAUCUUAGUCAAAAUAAGUUGCAUGGUUCACUUCCCGAGUCAAUAUACAAUGUCAUGAAUCUCCGAAACCUUUUGUUAGAUGAGAAUAAUUUAAGUGGAAUAGUGGAGUUUGACAAGUUGCUUAACCUACGAAAUCUCAUCCGAUAA